CUCCCUCACCCUCCUCCUCCUUCAGAAAUACGCCCCGGCUCCGUCCGUGCCGCCUGGACCAGUCAGCAGCGGUACGGGGUGAGCUCCACGCGUCUCCGCGGCGGAAUUGCUAGUGAAGGGCACCGCGAUGAGCGUGGACUUCAGAAAAGGCUUCGACUCAUAGGGAUCCGCGUAAAACGAGAGGAGAGCUGACGCUGUGCUCACUGACGGACGCAGGCUGAGAGUUCCGUUCUGCGUGUUUUUAUGAUUAUUAUUUUUAAUCUCGCACCUGCUCACCCGCGCUUAGCGGAACAUCCCGAGUCGGAGCCAACUUGCACUACCGCACUUGCCGGUAGUUGUCCCGUAAGGAGCCGAACCUGCGAGCUUACGGGGGAUGCUGAGAGGGUUUCUGAUCUCCGUUACUGCUCCUGCUGAGCGCCGGGCUGGAAGGGUAGCUGGCGUGUCCUGGGGAGGAUGCUGAACAGGGGAGUGAUUUGCUGAUACGUCAUAUACUGCAGAAUGAAAUGGCAUUUUAUCAAAUUACCCCAACAGAAUUCUUCAGCCAGGAAAAAGUGCUUAAAAGUGAAGACAUCCGUCUGAAGUGCAGAUAGUCAGCGAAAAGAUACUGGAGCAACGUGAGUACAUAAAGAAGUAUCCAGGUGCAAUACACCAGCUCUGGCAGUCAUGAGGAAUAGAGGGCUGAAGUCACAGUCCUGAAGAUUGAUGGAGGGCCAUGCUAUUCAAACAGCAGGCAUUGCUGAGACAGAAGCUCUUCGUUUUGGGCAGCCUUGCUAUCGGAAGUGUCCUCUAUCUCGUGGCCAGGGUUGGGACUUUGGAUAGGCUACAGCCCAUUUGCCCAGUUGACAGCAGACUGCCCACCCCUGAACCAGAGCAAAUUCCUCUCCGCACUCUGCAGUUUAAGCGUGGCCUCCUACAUGAAAUCCGUAAGGGCAAUGCCACCAAAGAGCAAAUUCGCCUGCACAACCUGGUCCAGCAACUGCCUCAGGCCAUUAUCAUCGGGGUGCGAAAAGGUGGCACCCGUGCCCUGCUGGAAAUGCUCAACCUGCAUCCAGCAGUUGUCAAGGCUUCACAAGAGAUCCACUUCUUUGACAAUGACCAAAAUUACGCUCGUGGCAUCGACUGGUACAGGGGGAAAAUGCCCUUCUCCUUCCCUCAACAGAUCACCAUUGAAAAGAGCCCUGCUUACUUCAUCACAGAGGAAGUCCCUGAACGGAUAUUCAAGAUGAACUCUUCCAUCAAGCUGCUAAUCAUCGUGCGCGAGCCUACCACCAGAGCUGUGUCAGACUAUACCCAAGUGCUGGAGGGCAAGGAGCGCAAAAACAAGACCUACCACAAGUUUGAGAAGCUGGUCAUUGACACCAACACCUGCGAGGUGAACACGAAAUACAAAGCAGUCCGGACCAGCAUCUACACCAAACAUUUGGAGCGUUGGUUGAAGUACUUUCCCGUGGAGCAGUUUCACAUUGUGGAUGGAGAUCGCCUUAUUACAGACCCGCUGCCAGAGCUGCAGCUUGUUGAGCGCUUCCUUAACCUCCCCUCCAGGAUCAGCCAGUAUAACCUGUACUUCAAUGCCACCAGGGGAUUUUACUGUCUGCGAUUUAACAUUGUCUUUAACAAGUGCCUGGCAGGCAGCAAGGGCCGCACCCAUCCGGAGGUGGACCCAUCAGUAGUGACUAAACUGCAAAAAUUCUUUCAUCCCUUCAAUCAGAAGUUUUACCAGAUCACUGGUAGGACAUUCAACUGGCCAUGAUGAGCUCAAACUCCUCUGAUGAGAUUCUCUGAAUUGGUGUUUAUUUAAAAAUGCCAAAUUCUGGGACCUCAAAAGACAUUAAUAGCACUUUGAUGGCAUUUAAUACCAGGAUGACAGUGUGACCAAAUAUAAAAGGAACUUGAUGUAAAUUUGUUUUCAAACGUGUGAAAGAAAAAAAGAACAAAAUAGUUCCAUGGUUUGACUAAAAGCUGCAGUUCAAAGCACUUGAUCUUGCAAAUGAACUCACCUGUCUGUCAAUGUUUUCCCCAUGUAGAGAAAAAAAACAGUGCUGAGCUGUGUGAUUAACUAAAGAGAUUAUUUUUAAGAGACUAUCAAACACUGACAUUCAUGCUGUUAAGAUAAGCUAUAAGUGUGAUGCUUUUUUUCAUGAAAAAACACCUUCAAAACCGAACAGAAAAUGUUCAUCAUUCCUUAUUGUGGUGUUUACCUGGCCAAAACUGCAUGUGAAAUCCAGUUGCCGGUAUAACACAGUAGUCUUUUGUGUUUGCUCAUUGUGUUUUAUUUAACGCCCGCUGUGAUCAGUCCUUUAGAAGGUGGCCUCCUUUAGUUUUUAACAUAGUACCUAGUCUGUAGAACAGACUGGCUUAUCAGAAUAGGUAUAAGUGUUGCAAGCUUGGCUGUCACCAUGUCCAAAACCUUUAAAGCAUUUAAGACUUGAGCUUGUGUUAUUAAAUGUAAGUAUGCUGUUCUUUUCCCCUUUCUCAGCUUUCUCAUUGGGUUACCAACACUUAGUGGAGAAAAGAAGGUGUCCUCUGAUGAUUCAUGUCAAACCAGCUGUUUGUUCUAUGCUGAUUUUUUUUUUUUAAAAAGAAGUCUGUUCUGUGCAAAUAUUCAUUCUGUAUCAUAAGUGUGUUGUUAAAUUAAUAGAAUGUGUAAACAUUUGUGAGA